AUGGUGUCUCCACCAGGGGGACAGGAGGAGGACAUGGUGUCUCCACCAGGGGGACAGGAGGAGGACAGGGUGUCUCCACCAGGGGGACAGGAGGAGGACAUGGUGUCUCCACCAGGGGGACAGGAGGAGGACAUGGUGUCUUCACCAGGGGGACAGGAGGAGGACAUGGUGUCUCCACCAGGGGGACAGGAGGAGGACAUGGUGUCUCCACCAGGGGGACAGGAGGAGGACAGGGUGUCUCCACCAGGGGGGGACAGGAGGAAGGACAGGGUGUCCGCCACCAGGGGGACAGGAGGGAGACAUGGUGUCUCCACCAGGGGACAGUGAGGAGGACAUGGUUCUCCACCAGGGGGACAGGAGGAUGACAGGGUGUCUCCACCAGGGGAAUCAGGAGGAGGACAAGGUGUCUCCACCAGGGGACAGUAGGAGGACAUGGAUGUCUUCCACAGGGGGACAGGAGGAGGACAGGAUGUCUCCAACAGGGGGACAGAGGAGGACAGGGUGUCUCCACCAGGGGGACAGGAGAGGACAGGGUGUCUCCACAGGGGGACAGGAGGAGGACAGGUGUCUCCACCAGGGGGACAGGAGGAGGACAGGGUGUCCCACCAGGGGGACAGGAGGAGGACAGGGUGUCUCCACCAGGGGGACAGGAGGAGGACAUGGUGUCUCCACCAGGGGGAGGAGGACAGGGUGUCUCCACCAGGGGGACAGGAGGAGGACAUGGUGUCUCCACCAGGGGACAGGAGGAAGGACCAGGAUGUCUCCACCAGGGGGACAGGAGGAGGACAUGGUGUCUCCACCAGGGGGACAGGAGGAGGACAUGGUGUCUCCACCAGGGGGACAGGAGGAGGACAUGGUGUCUCCACCAGGGGGACAGGAGGAGGACAGGGUGUCUCCACCAGGGGGACAGGAGGAGGACAGGGUGUCUCCACCAGGGGGACAGGAGGAGGACAGGGUGUCUCCACCAGGGGGACAGGAGGAGGACAGGGUGUCUCCACCAGGGGGACAGGAGGAGGACAGGGUGUCUCCACCAGGGGGACAGGAGGAGGACAGGGUGUCUCCACCAGGGGGACAGGAGGAGGACAUGGUGUCUCCACCAGGGGGACAGGAGGAGGACAGGGUGUCUCCACCAGGGGGACAGGAGGAGGACAUGGUGUCUCCACCAGGGGGAGGAGGGGACAUGGUGUCUCCACCAGGGGGACAGGAGGAGGACAGGGUUGUCUCCACCAGGGGGACAGGAGGACAGGGUGUCUCCACCAGGGGGACAGGAGGAGGACAGGGUGUCUCCACCAGGGGGACAGGAGGAGGACAUGGUGUCUCCACCAGGGGGACAGGAGGAGGACAGGGUGUCUCCACCAGGGGGACAGGAGGAGGACAGGGUGUCUCCACCAGGGGGACAGGAGGAGGACAGGGUGUCUCCACCAGGGGGACAGGAGGAGGACAGGGUUUCUCCACCAGGGUGGACAGGAGGAGGACAGGGUGUCUCCACCAGGGGGACAGGAGGAGGACAUGGUGUCUCCACCAGGGGGACAGGAGGAGGACAUGGUGUCUCCACCAGGGGGACAGGAGGAGGACAGGGUGUCUCCACCAGGGGGAGGAGGACAGGGUGUCUCCACCAGGGGGACAGGAGGAGGACAGGGUGUCUCCACCAGGGGGACAGGAGGAGACAUGGUGUCUCCACCAGGGGGACAGGAGGAGGACAGGGUGUCUCCACCAGGGGUACAGGAGGAGGACAGGGUGUCUCCACCAGGGGGAGGAGGACAGGGUGUCUCCACCAGGGGGAGGACAGGGUCCCCAGGGACAGGAGGACAUGGUGUCUCCACCAGGGGGACAGGAGGAGGACAUGGUGUCUCCACCAGGGGGACAGGAGGAGGACAUGGUGUCUCCACCAGGGGGACAGGAGGACAGGGUGUCUCCACCAGGGGGACAGGAGGAGGACAUGGUGUCUCCACCAGGGGGACAGGAGGAGGACAGGGUGUCUCCACCAGGGGGACAGGAGGAGGACAGGGUGUCUCCACCAGGGGGACAGGAGGAGGACAUGGUGUCUCCACCAGGGGGACAGGAGGAGGACAGGGUGUCUCCACCAGGGGGAGGAGGAGGACAUGGUGUCUCCACCAGGGGGAGGAGGACAGGGUGUCUCCACCAGGGGGAAAGGAGGAGGACAUGGUGUCUCCACCAGGGGGACAGGAGGAGGACAGGGUGUCUCCACCAGGGGGAGGAGGACAGGGUGUCCUCCACCAGGGGGACAGAAGGAGGACAUGGUGUCUCCACCAGGGGGACAGGAGGAGGACAUGGUGUCUCCACCAUGGGGACAGGAGGAGGACAGGGUGGUCUCCACCAGGGGAGGAGGAGGACAUGGUGUCUCCACCAGGGGGAGGAGGACAGGGUGUCUCCACCAGGGGGACAGGAGGAGGACAUGGUGUCUCCACCGGGGAGACAGGAGGAGGACAUGGUGUCUCCACCGGCGGGACAGGAGGAGGACAUGGUGUCUCCACCAGGGGGACAGGAGGACAGGGUGUCUCCACCAGGGGGACAGGAGGAGGACAGGGUGUCUCCACCAGGGGACAGGAGGAGGACAGGGUGUCUCCACCAGGGGGACAGGAGGAGGACAUGGUGUCUCCACCAGGGGGACAGGAGGAGGACAGGGUGUCUCCACCAGGGGGACAGGAGGAAGACAGGGUGUCUCCACCAGGGGACAGGAGGAGGACAUGGUGUCUCCACCAGGGGGACAGGAGGAGGACAGGGUGUCUCCACCAGGGGACAGGAGGAGGACAGGGUGUCUCCACCAGGGGGAGGAGGACAGGGUGUCUCCACCAGGGGGACAGGAGGAGGACAUGGUGUCUCCACCAGGGGGACAGGAGGAGGACAUGGUGUCUCCACCAGGGGGACAGGAGGAGGACAGGGUGUCUCCACCAGGGGGAGGAGGAGGACAUGGUGUCUCCACCAGGGGACAGGAGGAGGACAUGGUGUCUCCACCAGGGGGACAGGAGGAGGACAUGGUGUCUCCACCAGGGGGACAGGAGGAGGACAUGGUGUCUCCACCAGGGGGACAGGAGGAGGACAGGGUGUCUCCACCAGGGGGAGGAGGAGGACAUGGUGUCUCCACCAGGGGGAGGAGGACAGGGUGUCUCCACCAGGGGGACAGGAGGAGGACAUGGUGUCUCCACCGGGGGGACAGGAGGAGGACAGGGUGUCUCCACCAGGGGGAGGAGGAGGACAUGGUGUCUCCACCAGGGGGAGGAGGACAUGGUGUCUCCACCAGGGGGACAGGAGGAGGACAUGGUGUCUCCACCAGGGGACAGGAGGAGGACAGGGGUGUCUCCACCAUGGGGACAGGAGGAGGACAGGGUGUCUCCACCAGGGGGACAGGAGGAGGACAGGGUGUCUCCACCAGGGUGGACAGGAGGAGGACAUGGGUGUCUCCACCAGGGGGGACAGGAGGAGGACAGGGUGUCUCCACCAGGGGGACAGGAGGAGGACAGGGUGUCUCCACCAGGGGGACAGGAGGAGGACAGGGUUGUCUCCACCAGGGGGACAGGAGGAGGAACAUGGUGUCUCCACCAGGGGGACAGGAGGAGGACAGGGUGUCUCCACCAGGGGGACAGGAGGAGGACAGGGUGUCUCCACCAUGGGGGACAGGAGGAGGACAUGGUGUCUCCACCAGGGGGACAGGAGGAGGACAGGGUGUCUCCACCAGGGGGACAGGAGGAGGACAGGGUGUCUCCACCAGGGGGACAGGAUGGAGGACAGGGUGUCUCCACCAGGGGGACAGGAGGAGGACAUGGUGUCUCCACCAGGGGGACAGGAGGAGACAGGGUGUCUCCACCAGGGGACAGGAGGAGGACAUGGUGUCUCCACCAGGGGACAGGAGGAGGACAUGGUGUCUCCACCAGGGGACAGGGAGGACAGGGUGUCUCCACCAGGGGAGGAGGACAGGGUGUCUCCACCAGGGGACAGGGAGGACAUGGUGUCUCCACCGGGGGACAGGAGGAGGACAUGGUGUCUCCACCAGGGGGACAGGAGGACAGGGUGUCUCCACCAGGGGGACAGGAGGACAUGGUGUCUCCACCAGGGGGAGGAGGACAUGGUGUCUCCACCAGGGGGACAGGAGGAGGACAGGGUGUCUCCACCAGGGGGCCAGUAGUGUGUUUACAGGGGCCACCAGCCACCAGCAGUCCCCCGGAGCCAGUAGUGUGUUUACAGGGGCCACCAGCCACCAGCAGUCCCCCGGAGCCAGUAGUGUGUUUACAGGGGCCACCAGCCACCAGCAGUCCCCCGGAGCCAGUAGUGUGUUUACAGGGGCCACCAGCCACCAGCAGUCCCCCGGAGCCAGUAGUGUGUUUACAGGGGCCACCAGCCACCAGCAGUCCCCCGGAGCCAGUAGUGUGUUUACAGGGGCCACCAGCCACCAGCAGUCCCCCGGGGCCAGUAGUGUGUUUACAGGGGCCACCAGCAGUCCCCCGGGGCCAGUAGUGUGUUUACAGGGGCCACCAGCCACCAGCAGUCCCCCGGGGCCAGUAGUGUGUUUACAGGGGCCACCAGCCACCAGCAGUCCCCCGGGGCCAGUAGUGUGUUUACAGGGGCCCACAGCCACCAGGGGGGUAUCUGAUGGUAGAGUACAUGCUGUACAUGGAUCCCUUUGUGUAAUCUAUAGAGAACACACACAGGAUGGGACAAGGAGAUGACAAAAGGACAGGGACAAGCUCAGUGUCAAACAAGGAAGAAAAACUAAAUAUCCAUUGUCAUUUUCAGAUCAUUUCCUGCUUUAAAGCUGCAGUAUGUAACUUUUUGGGCAACCCGACCAAUUUCUCAUAGAAAUGUGAGUUAUAGAUCUGCCAUUCUCAUUGAAAGCAAGUCUGAGAAGUCUGCUCUAUGUGUCCGUUCUAUGUGAGCUAUUGCUAUGCUUCCUGUUCUUAAGUUUAGUUUUUGCAUCUUUUAAUUUUUGUUUUGUACACCAGCUUCAAACAGCUGAAAAUACAAUAUUUUAGGUUAUUGAAAAUAUAUUUCACAGCGGUUUAGAUGGUACAAUGAUUCUCUAAACUAAAUAUUGCUUGUUUUGUCACAAACGGAAAUUAGGCUAAAUAUUCUAAUUUUAGGAACCAAGAAAUGGUAGAACGAUUUCUGCAUAUUGCACCUUGAAAGCUUAAAAUGUGUGUAAAAUGUGUACCUGUUUUCCUGGAGGCUCUUUUCUGUGUCUCUGUGUCCCCCUGGACGUCUGGAACACAGGUAAGAGGUUAGAGGUCAAGCAUCACAUGAACUUCCCAUAGUUCUGUUUAUAAAAUAAUGUUACAGGUCACACGCUUAACAAACUCACAUUGACUGCAUUUGAUACAUGUUGUCAUAAUGACAUGUACAGUACAAUAGCAUCUGUCAUUACUGUAAUAUACAAUGUGCCCUGAGGAUGCCACUGCAGUAGAAGAAACCUGAAACUAAGACACAGAAACUCUGUUCCUGAACAUCUUGGUUUUUCUCUGUUUCUGAACAUCUUGGUUUUUCUCUGUUUCUGAACAUCUUGGUUUUUCUCUGUUUCUGAACAUCUUGGUUUUUCUCUGUUUCUGAACAUCUUGGUUUUUCUCUGUUUCUGAACAUCUUGGUUUUUCUGUUUCUGAACAUCUUGGUUUUUCUCUGUUUCUGAACAUCUUGGUUUUUCUCUGUUUCUGAACAUCUUGGUUUUUCCCUGUUUCUGAACAUCUUGGUUUUUCUCUGUUUCUGAACAUCUUGGUUUUUCUCUGUAUCAACAUCUUAGUUUUCUAUUUAUCAGAACAUCUUUGCCGUGUUCAUACCUCCAGCUUGCCUGUCGCUGCUCCUUCACGGUAUUCAACACACUUAGCUUACAUAACUCAAUGUGAUGAUGAUCCUGUGAUCCCACAACACAACAACACAAACAUCUGCAGAGAGAAUAGCACAGGCCUCAUGCUGUGGUACUGAACUGCUCUGACAUUGUCCUUUGUCAUGACUGUCCAUACGAUCCAAAUAGGUCAGAUCAGGUUUGCAAUGAAUAACUUCCACCAGACCCCCUCUCACCCGCAGAGGGGGGGAAGGGGGGAACUGGUGGGGGGGGGGGGGUUGACACCUCACGCCCUGUUGUAAAUCAAGGACAGAAGAUUCAGGUCUCCCUCUCCAGUGUUCACCAGAGGAAUGUGCCUUUGUUUCCACAGACUUUUCCCGCCGAAACUAACACGUUCUAAAGCGAAUACUGGAACAAUUUUUCUAACAUAGAACAUGGGGAAUGGUCAGAGGCGAUCUAUAGAACACGAAUGUCAUUUGGUUUGUUAUUUUGUGGUGUCAUUAAAAAUGUUAUAAAGGAAAUACUGUACCUUUUAAGUAUACCCACUACAUCCGAUGUGUUGUGCAUGAAAUAUGAAAAAAUUAUUUAAAGUAUUUUUGUUAAGAUAGGGAUGUGAUUUUAGGAGCCAUAAGAGAUAAUGGUUUUACAUCAAACUUUCCACAGUAAGUAGCCACACCCCGAGUGAGGUCAGAGAGCGUGUCAGCCUGACGGAACCGCCCCUUUAGACCAGAGUGCAUAAAAGGAUUGGUAAAGAAAUUAACAUUUAGACCAGAAAGAUGCCUAGCUGCAGCUGUGCGUUUAAAGUGGUUUGAACACGAUGUGGAGAACAAAACUCCCCUCCCGGAUAAUCACUGGUACGGCUGAUUAGCUGUCCUAAGUAAAGUAUCUUCGGAAGUGAAUUUAAGUGGGACCAUUCUACUACUCUAUCCAAACCAUCCUACUAAGCUACUCUCAUCACCACACUGGGGAACCAUCGAUGCGGCUGGCUAGCCUAUCUUCACAGAACCAAUCUUCCAGAACGAGUGGAAGGAAAAUCCAUUCUGUAGUUCUGUUUAGGACUACAUGACAAGUCACCGGACAACUUACAGAGGACCACAACAGUAGAAGACUUGUAACUGUUGGACAAUCAGAGCCUUACGAGCGAGCCUCGAGAAGGCCCGACCAACUCCCUUUCCAGGGCAGCCCGGUUCCGAGAGAGAGAGAGCUACACGGCGGCACCUCACGUAAAUACAUUCAUGAUUUCUUACUCCAAGCGGGCGGCGGUUCGUGUGCAAAGUAUAGGAGAAAUAUAAGUGAGAGUAGUUUCUAAAUGUACCAACGUUAAGUUUCUCUGUCCCGGGUCUCUCUACCUCUCCCUCUUUUGUAACAAGCAGUCAUGUUGUUGUCAGUCCGCUAGGGACCUGUUGUUCAUGUAUUAAGUGUGUAUGAUAUCCUGUGUUACCGUUUAGUUAGCUAGUAAAUAAAUAAUUAAACCAAUUUGUGUAGUACUGAAUCAUAAGGCUGUUUUCUUUUUGCAGAUGGAAGGAGGUUCCGACUGUUCAGAAUGAUGAUAUGAUAUUAUUGUAGGUGUUAUCUCCCCAGUGGUGCAGUGGUCUAAGGCGCUGCAUCGCAGUGCUAGCUGUGCCACUAGAGAUCCUGGUUCGCGACCGGGAGACCCAUGGGGCGGCACACAAUUGGCCCAGCGUCGUCCAGGGUAGGGGAGGGAAUGGCCGGCAGGGAUGUAGCUCAGUUGGUAGAGCAUGGCGUUUGCAACGCCAGGGUUGUGGGUUCGAUUCCCACGGGGGGCCAGUAUGAAAAAAAUAAAAAUGCACUCUGGAUAAGAGCGUCUGCUAAAUGACUAAAAUGUAAAAUGUAAUGAUACGAGGUUAUGAUUAAUAAGUUGACUGUUUAUCGAUGUGAUGGGUAUAGACCUUCUAGAGUUUAAUUCGGGAGAUGGUGACUCUUUAAACAACCGCUUCCGUGGUGCCCCCGAUCCUAAUGAGUUCAUUGUUACUUGAUUAUUUUAAAAUCAGGUAACAAUUAAACAUAGUUCGUUAAUUAGAGAAAUAACAGUCAUCAGAUUAAUGUCAAAAGUCACGUCAUGACACAGCCAAGCACACUGCUUGAUUUGACGGUAUUUAGUGUAACAUUGGGUAACACUUGACGGUAUUUAGUGUAACAUUGGGUAACACUUGACGGUAUUUAGUGUAACAUUGGGUAACACUCGACGGUAUUUAGUGUAACAUUGGGUAACACUCGACGGUAUUUUGUGUAACAUUGGGUAACACUCGACGGUAUUUAGUGUAACAUUGGGUAACACUUGACGGUAUUUAGUGUAACAUUGGGUAACACUCGACGGUAUUUAGUGUAACAUUGGGUAACACUCGACGGUAUUUAGUGUAACAUUGGGUAACACUCGACGGUAUUUAGUGUAACAUUGGGUAACACUCGACGGUAUUUAGUGUAACAUUGGGUAACACUCGACGGUAUUUAGUGUAACAUUGGGUAACACUCGACGGUAUUUAGUGUAACAUUGGGUAACACUUGAUGUAAAGCCUGUAGUUAUAAUGUGAGACUUGUCAUGACCUUUAUGUCUUCUAUCAGGCCAAGGAGAUGAGGAGGUAAAUGACAUUGACUCCCAGUAGAGAAACUCAAUUCCAGCCAGUGGUGAUAAGGCCUGCUCACUAUUUGCAUUGCUAGAUGUCCCCUGUAGGAAUAGUUUCCAUAGCUCAGCGAUAGGUGUGUGUUUCCAUACUGUAGGUGUUAUCAGUACAUGGCUAGUUCUUUGUUUAUCCUGGUCUCCAAGGCGCCAGAACAACUAUGAUCAGAACCUUGAUAUAAUAGUCUUUGAUGGGGAAUGGAUUCAGUAGCAGUAUGACAAAUGACUGUUUGAAUUGAAAUCAUACAAAAUACAGGAGAGAAUGAGGGCUACUGUAUGGGAGUUCAUGCUUAAGGCAGUUUAGAUUGACAAUAUAGUUAGUCUGGCCAGGCUACAGAGAGGAGAGGAGGAGAGAGGAGGAGAGGGGAGAGGAGGAGACGUACCCAGGUAGUUAAAGUUGGAGUAGGGUUAGAGAGAGAGGAGAGGAGAGAGGAGGAGAGGCGAGAGAGGGAGGAGGAGGAGACGUACCCAGGUAGUUAAAGUUGGAGUAGGGUUAGAGAGAGGAGAGAGGAGGAGAGGAGAGAGGAGGAGAGGAGGAGACAUACCCAGGUAGUUAAAGUUGGAGUAGGGUUAGAGAGAGGAGAGAGGAGGAGAGGAGAGAGGAGGAGAGGAGAGAGGAGGAGAGGAGGAGACGUACCCAGGUAGUUAAAGUUGGAGUAGGGUUAGAGAGAGAGGGGGGAGGAGGAGAAGAGGAGAGGAGGAGAGAAGGAGAGAGGAGGAGAGGAGAGAGAAGGAGCCAUACCCAGGUGAUGGAGGUUGCAGUAGGGUUAGAGAGAGGAGGAGAGGAGAGGAGGAGAAGGCGGAGAGAGAGAGAGGAGAGAGGAGAGAGAGGAUGAGGAGGAGACGUACCAGGUAGUUAAAGUUGGAGUAGGGUUAGAGAGAGGAGGAGAGGAGAGGAGGGAGGAGGAGAGGAGAGAGAAGGAGCCAUACCCAGGUGGUGGAGGUUGCAGUAGGAUUAGAGAGAGGAGGAGAGGAGGAGAGGAGGAGAGGAGGGAGAGGAGGAGGAGGAGGAGAGGAGAGAGGAGGAGAGGAGGAGUAAUUACCCAGGUGGUGGAGGUUGCAGUAGGCUCUCCACUCUGA